UCUGUGGUCAUGUUGUGCAGAUGGUCUGUCGUGGCUCGUAGGGACGCGUCUGCGACGGCCAGAUAUAUACCGUCCCCUCGCUCAUGCGUUGGCUGACUGCCUUCUCGGCUCUAGCAGCGUCCUCCGUUCCCUUUGCCCAUGCCGUGAGCUCACAGGCUUACACGUGGAAGAAUGUCAAGAUUGGGGGCGGUGGAGGCUUCGUUCCCAGCAUUGUCUUCAAUCCCUCCCAGCAAGGCCUCGCAUAUGCUCGUACCGAUAUUGGUGGCGCCUACAAGCUCAACUCGGACGAUACGUGGACGCCCCUCCUCGACUUUGUCGACAACGCAAGGUGGAACUACUGGGGCGUAGACGCGCUUGCGACCGACCCGGUAGACCCAGACCGCCUGUACCUGGCGACGGGAAUGUACACCAACUCCUGGGACCCGAACAACGGCCAGGUUCUGAUAUCGACCGACCAAGGCCAGACUUUCACACCAUCUCCUUUGCCCUUCAAGGUGGGAGGCAACAUGCCCGGACGUGGCAUGGGCGAGCGACUUGCAGUUGACCCCAACAGCAAUAAUGUUCUGUUCUUCGGCGCUCGCAGUGGGAACGGACUAUGGAAAAGUACCGAUUACGGGCAGAGUUGGGCUAAAGUCUCGAGUCUUCCUGAUGUUGGUACAUACGUACCCGAUCCCACGGAUACAAGCGGAUACAACAGCGACAAGAUCGGCGUUUCCUUUGUCACUUUCGACUCUACGUCCGGAUCCUCUGGAAAUGCUACUCCUCGUAUCUUCGUAGGAGUUGCCACGAACACUUCGAGCAAUCUCUUCAUGUCCAACGACGCAGGGUCCACAUGGUCUGCCCUCCCGGGCACAAACUCGUCUUGGAUGGCUCAUAAGGGCGUUCUCUCCCCCGCGGAGAAGGCGCUUUACAUCUCCACUUCCGACGGUGCUGGACCAUAUGACGGAACUCUCGGAGCCGUAUACAAGUACAACAUCACUUCUGGAACAAUGGAGAACAUCACACCUGUCUCUGGAAGCAACCUUUAUUUCGGAUUUGGAGGUCUUGCAGUUGAUCUGCAGAAUCCCGGUACUGUCAUGGUCGCGGCACUUAACUGUUGGUGGCCCGACGGCCAGGUCUUCCGUAGCACAGACGGCGGUAACACCUGGACAAGUCUCUGGGAUUGGGCCUCGUAUCCAACCAUGAACAGGUACUACACGUACGACGACUCACUGGCCCCCUGGUUGGGUCCAGACGGCACAGCCGACAGCAUCGUCACUCAGAUCGGUUGGAUGAUGGAAGCCCUCGCUAUCGACCCCUUCGACUCGAACCAUUGGCUGUACGGCACCGGUGCCACCAUCUAUGGCGGUCAUGACCUGCUCAAGUGGGACACCGUUCGCAAUGUUACCCUCGAAUCGCUCGCAGACGGUAUCGAAGAAACGUCUGCACAGGCCCUUCUCUCUCCACCGACUGGUCCGACAUUACUCAGUGGCGUCUUGGAUGAAGAGGGUUUCGCCCACACCAACCUGGACCAGGCGCCUUCUGCAGAGUUUGCUCCUGCUACUGGUACUGGCGUCACCGGUCUGGAUUAUGCCGGAAACGAUCCCCAAACCGUUGUGCGAGUUGGCAACGGCGACUCUACGGAUGGACCGCAGGCUGCUAUCAGCAACGAUGCUGGAAAUACCUGGGCUCUCGAUUAUGGUUCCCCAUCGGGUGUGUCGGGCGGUAAGGUCGCGAUCUCUGCAAGUGGUGACACCGUCCUCUGGAGCUCGUCGGCCAACGGUGUCCAAGUCUCUCAGUACACCAAUGCCUUCAGCGUUGUCUCUUCCCUCCCAGCCGGUGCGGCCAUUGCAUCUGACAAGAAGAUCGACUCGAUCUUCUACGCCGGCUCAGGCAAUCAGUUUUACCUCUCAACAGACGGUGGCAAGACGUUCACCAAACAAGCAACUCUCGGUACUUCGAGCUCUACUUCCACUGUUAUUGCGAACCCCGGAGUUACCGGUGAUGUCUGGGUGUCGACAGACACGGGUCUCUUCCACUCGAUAAAUAACGGUACUUCAUUUUCCGCCGUCUCCGGAGUCUCCCAGGCUUGGUCCAUCUCUUUCGGUGCCCCAGCGAGCACAGGAGGCUAUCCCGCCCUGUUCGCUAUCGCAGAUAUUUCCGGUGUCGUCGGCUACUUCAGGUCUGACGACGCAGGCACCAACUGGGUGCAGAUCAACGACGCCGCACACGGAUUCGGCUCGGCCAGUGCCAAUGUUAUCGCCGGCGAUCCGCGCAUCUACGGGCGUGCCUAUGUCGGAACUAACGGUCGCGGCAUCUUCUACGGCGAUACUGCGGGCGCUGCGUCGUCGUCCACCGCCUCAUCGACCUCCACUCGCAGCACGUCUGCAUCUUCGAGUGCACAUUCGUCUACUGUAUCGUCCUCCGCCUCACAUACGACCUCCACAAGUGCAAGCUCUAGCUCUCACUCUAGCAGCGCCUCCAGUACAUCUUCGACACCGUCAUCCACUGGCGCCCUGCAGACUGCUUACGGUCAGUGCGGAGGCCAGGGAUGGACCGGGCCCACUGCAUGUGUCGCCGGAUACACUUGCACCAGUACGAACCCUUAUUACUCCCAGUGCGUGCCCACUUGAGGUGUUUCAGAACAACGAGGGAUCGAGAACCGUCGUCCGGGGUUCCUGUGACAACACACCUUCACGUAAAACUAAAUUCAUUCUCGGCGUUUCGGGCGAACGCACACGCAACGGCACGGGGAUGUUCACCUCGCUAGGGUUAUUGAUCAGUCAACAAAGCUGCGAACUACUCUACGUACAUGAUGUGAGAUAUGAUGGAUAGUAGUGAUGCAAAUUACGAAGGGCUAUGAUAAAUUACCAACACCGCCGAAAGCUGAGGUGGAGGCCGUCUAUGAGCGUCAUACCCGCUCGUCGUCCUUUUGCAUUAGCCUCUUUCCAAUGCCCUCGAAGCAAGCAAUCAUGACACCGCAGGCAGGAGCAAUCUUUGCUAUUCGAGGCAUAAUUCCCGCGUAGAGAGCAGAAAUGCCUUCCGUCCGAACAAUCUCCUUCAGGACGGAGAUCAUCCCUACAGCUUUUGUCACUCCUGCUUCUCCGGACAUGACGAGCGCUUGUCGGCGGGUCUUCAGCACGUCAAACGGCGAGGUCGUCAGAGCAGCGGUCGUUCCACUUAAGGCCCCGCUUACGAAGGCGACACUGGCACCUUCGUAACCCGCGCUGUUGAGUGUCCGUUUGCAUAGCUCGUACCCUGCCCAGUACAGACCGCUGAAUGGGACGUCGCGCCAUAGCGUCGCUCCCAAACCUCGCCAAAGAUGCAAAUUCCCAUGCUGCCGCACAAGUGCGCCUAUCGAGGCGAGGGUAGAGCGGAGCGUAUGUGGUGUGUCUGGUGAGAUUGGGGUGCUCUGGAGGUUGGUGCGGAUGAGCUCAAGGGGUGAGACGACCGUGGUGAUUAACGUCCGUGCAGCGAUACCGGCAGUAAGUGGGACGACAGCUGAUGGCAGGAGGGGCGGCAGCGUGACGUUCAGCAGAUGGUCGUAUGUGAGCAUAUAGCACGUUGAGGACGGGACACCAAUCAUCAGAGUCGUUCCAGCACCUUUCCACAAACCCGGAAUGCCCUCUGCGCGCCAGACAUGCCGGAAUGCGUCAAAGAAUCCGUUCACACGUUCUGUCCGAAACAUGCCAUGGUCCCAAACACAAACGACCUCUCCCUCGAAGGCACGCAUAGAUACCGUUGACAUUCUCCGUAUGCACGGAGUGUUCGCAGGCUGACAGCACACAUUUGGAGGUGGUCGGGGGAACAGAGGUUGAGGUCGUGCCGGCUGGGUCUGCAAACGCGUUUUUACGACAUCAAAGGGGGUCAUCGUGAGAGCCGUUACAGUUGAGCCCGUCGCAGCCGCGACGAGCUUUGCAUGUUGGGGCUCCAUGGAGAGUGAUUCGUCAAGGACGCUUACAAGGAAGAGUCGCUCUGUGCCGUAGGUUAGC